AUGAGUGCAGCUUCUACACCCGUUGAAGUCCUUCCUGCUUGGAUUUCUCUCCACCUUCUCACCGUGGUGCGGUGCCUCAGUGGUUCAGCCACACCUCGAGAACAUUCGUCCGUGGGCAGGAAGCGAGCAGUGUUGCGGAUGUGCGUGUACUUGGCGCCGCGAUGGCGGCGACGGUCGCUGCUGGCGACGCUGAUGUUGGCACUUACGUUGCUGCUGACGGCGGACGCCGCCCGGGCGCUGCGUACUAGCAGUGUCGAGACGCAGCAUCAAGCAGGGAGCACUACAGGCUCCGGGUCCGCUGCAGUGAACGAGGUCCAGGUCGGUGAUGUGGACGCGGGAGUCGUCACGACGGACACGACGCAGAGCAGCACCACGUUCACCAAGAAGACGUGGGGUGCAGGCAGCCACAGCGACGCCAGCAAAAAGUCCGUCUCCUUUUCCAGUUUGGUGCAGACAACGGCGACCGUGGCUCCGUCUGGAGAGCGGAGUAUCGAGGAGCCCAAGUCGGCGUCGGGCUCGAUGGACAACGAAGUCGGAACACCGAGCGCGACCACCAAAGCCAAGGGCACGACGAGUGCCAAGCAGGACGAUGAUGACAGCGAUGAAUCAUUUGACCUCCAGUCAGAUGACGACAGUGCCGAUAGCGGCUCGGACAGCGAGAACCACGACAAGACUACCGGCAAGACAGGUACCAGCAACAAGUCGACACCGGCGCCAACGCCGACACCAACCCCAACGCCGACUUCAGCCUCACAGCAGACGACGUACCCUCCUCAACCUACGCAUCCUGGGUCUAUUGACGCCAAGACGCUCUCCUGGUCAGAGCCGACGAUGUACCCCCAGACUACCCAACCGGUGUCUAACGUUAUUGCCACCACCACGCCGUCGACAGGGUCCUCCGCCUCUGGCAGUGCGAGUGGGCAACCCGUACAGGGUCAGUCGUACCAGGUAUCAGGCUCUGCCAAGAGCGCCGAGGCCUUCGAGAAGAGCACCAAAUCGGCUGCGUCGACGACUGACAGCAGGUCUUUGGACGAGACGCUGGUGGUCGUCAUCGUCGGUGUCGUCGGUGCAAUCGGCGCGUUGCUGAUGUUCGUGUCUCGCAAGGUCUUGCAGGAAACCGGAGACGACGAGGACAUGGCGGACUCCAGCUUCUUCUAA